AUGCCCACCAACACUAUGGGCUGGGACGGCCCCAAUGACCCUUCAAACCCCCUGAAUUGGUCUCCCUUCAACAGGAACUUGCAUGUGGUCGUUGUGAGCCUUUUUACACUAGUAGCCAAUCUGGCCGCUACCAUGUUCGCCCCCGGUGCAGAACAGCUUGCUGCAGAGUUUCACAUCAUGAACGAAACUGUCAUAGCCAUGACUGUGAGCCUUUAUGUACUCGGUUUUGCAUUGGGUCCUCUUCUUCUUGCACCUCUCUCAGAACUAUAUGGCCGCCUCCCACUGUAUUGUAUAUCCAACAUUGUGUAUUUUGCGUUCACGGCAGGCUGUGCUUUUAGUACGAGCAUCUCUAUGUUUCUUGCCUUUCGAUUUUUUGCUGGGUGUGCUGCCUCCGGCCCAAUGAGUAUUGGUGGCGGCACAGUGACAGACGUUACGCCACCGGCGCAACGAGGAAAAGCAAUGGCAUUGUUUACCAUGGGCCCAAUUCUAGGACCUGUUUUGGGCCCUAUUGUCGGAGGAUUCGUGUCUGAAUACGCGGGCUGGCGCUGGACCCUUCGUAUAAUUUUAAUAAUGUCCGGGGUCAUUGGGGCGGUGACUGUAGUCUUCAUGAAGGAGACAAAUGCAACUGUUCUGCUCAAACAGAAGGCUGAGGGUUUGCGAAAAGAGGCUGGAAAUGCCAGUACUACUGCUCAAGUCCCGAGAAACGAAUCGCCUGGCCAGAUGCUUCUUCAAGCUCUAAUUCGGCCCGUCAAGCUGCUGAUACUUUCACCUAUCGUCCUGCUGGUCUCAUUAUAUACAGGACUAAUGUUCGGCCUUAUCUUUCUACUGUUCACAACGUUUCCGUCAGUCUUCCAGGGAGUCUAUGGUUUCAGCCCUGGACCCGCCGGGCUGGCCUACCUCGGACUUGGCAUCGGCAUGUUACUAGGGCUUAUCCUAUUUUCGAUCCUGAGUGACAAACUUCUAGGCCAGGGGCAGGGAUGCGUCGUACGCAAGCCAGAACAGCGCCUUAUUUUGAUGAAAUGGCUAGGUCCUGUCACACCGCUAGGCUGUUUUAUAUAUGGCUGGACUGCAUACUAUCAUGCUCACUGGAUAGUGCCUAUUCUGGGGACCUUCAUCAUUGGGUUCGGCGCGCUGUUUGUUGUCAUUCCCGGUCAGGUAUAUCUGGUCGACGCCUACGGAGCCCAGGCAGCUGCUUCUGCUCUUGCGGCAAACUUACUCGUCCGCUCUCCCUUUGGUGCGUUUUUGGACCUCGCGGCUGAUCCGCUUUACAGUAAGCUUGGUCUGGGUUGGGGAAACAGCGUACUGGGAUUCAUUACUUUGGCUUUCACCCCUGUGCCGUGGUUGUUCUACCGCUACGGCGAGACUUUGAGGACUCGUUUUGCGGUCGAUUUGUAG